AUGUCCGACAGCGAGUUCUUGCCGUCUGCUGAAGUUGCUGUGAAUCAGGUGUCCCGAUCCCAUCUUAUUGUCCUGGAUGAUGACCCCGUGGCCAGGAUGGAGUGCUCUCCAGUGGUAGACAUGCUGCCGGGCGAGAGCAAGGAAGACCUCCGUCGACGUUGCGAGGCUAUGGUGAAGGCAAUUCUAGUGGCGAAGGUCGAAGACGCUCGAAGCCUCGGCCUACGCGACGAAGAAGUCGUGCGCUUAAAACAACUGCAGGCCAAGUUUGUGGACACACGCGAAGAAAAAACCCCGAAACCCCGAAACAAGGCGUUCAAAUUGACGAACUUUGGCGUUGGUGAUUACGUCCUUGUCGGGUCGGUGGUGCGAUACCCGAGUAAGUUAUCCCCGGCGUGGCGUGCUAGUGCCCCCUCUUCACGAGCCUGUGAACCAUUCCUGCCGUCUGAAGUUGUACAGCGAGGCAGCGAACGGCACGGCGAAGACCUGGAGGACCAUGCUGCCUACGGCGAAGGUGGUUUCCAUGUAGAAGACCUCCUGGCGACCCGUGUUGUCAACGGGCAGCAUGAAAUCCUGGAAGACGUUCCCGUACAGCUGCGCAAGUGGGUGUUGUCCCAGAAACACGAUGACGGCGUGGAAGCGAUGCAGGAGGCGUUGGAACUGACCCUUGGUCACCUAUUGUAG